CUUUUUUUUACUUCUGCCUCAGUUCACUCUUCUUGCCUCAAUUUACUCUUUUUGCCUCAAUUCGCUCCUAUUGAUUUUGCAGGUAAGUCAAGUUCAACAUGAGUUGCUAUGUUAGGGUUUCAAUUGCUGGUUGUUGAUUUUGUAUCUGUUUGUUUGCGUCGGAUGGUGCUCAUUUUCAGAAUACGAUGAUUGUGAUGAUCUUCUCACUACAACUGAUGCGACCUACGAUGUUGAAAAGCAAAGAGAUUCCAAUAUCUCUGGUGACGACGCCUUUGCUCGGCUUUACUCUUUGUUGAAUCCGAAAUUAAAACCGCUCAUUAGCUUUUUAACUUGUUCUCUUUUUUCCGUGGAUAAGAGUAGAAAACUAUUCAUUUUUCCUAAAUGAACAGUGAAAUUACUAUUUGUUUUUUUGCUUUCCCUGCCUCAGUUCACUCUGUUUUGCUUCUGCCUUAUUUCACUCUUCUUACCUUAAUUCAAUCUUCUUGCCUCGAUUCGCUCCCACUGAUUUUGCAGCUGAUGCGACCUACGACGUUGAAAAGCAAAGAGAUUCCAAUAUCUCCGGUGACGACGCCUUUGCUCGUCUUUACUCUUUUGUUGAAUCCGACAUUAAAGCCGCUCAUCAGCUUUCUAACUUGUUCUCUUUUUUUCCCUAAAUUGCAGAGAUUUGUACUUAUUUUUCUUAAUUUUAAUGAUUCAAAGUCAUCAAAUCUCACCCCUCCCCUCCCUCGGUCUACCGUGUAAUUCAAAAAAAAUAAUUCAAUGUUGUCAUUAUAUUUUUUGUACAUUUCUUGAAGUUCUACUCACUAAGUCUAAUCGUUUUUGAGCUAGCUUAAGACCAAGUGCAGAGUGAGUUACUUGGAAAAAUGUGGGUUAUGAGGUUUUAUUCGUUUUGUUCUUUCAAAGGAGAUUCAAGUUGAUGUAUGCAAUUUGAUUAAGAUUUUUCUUUCAAAAUUGGUUUGAUUGGAAAGAACGAGCAGGAGAGAGAAUUAGGGAUUAAUUACUGGAUUCAAGCUUCUAUUUUAGGGAAAUUUGUAAAGAAACAACUUUUAAAACCCUUUUUUUAAAAGAAAUAUCUUUUAUAAUUUUUUUUUUUGUAAAAAACACCUUUUAAGAGUCAUUUUUAAAAAAAAAACACCUUAAAUCAGUUUCCGUUGACUUUUGUCAACUUUUCGGCGUUGACUAUGUCAUUUGUCAACUUUCC